GUUUCCGUUGCACGUUGGUCAUCAUUUUCAUCACAAUCGACAGUGAAUUGUAGGCCAGUACUUUGGGUACUGUUGCGACGGAAAUUUUUGCUCUUUUUUUUCGACUCUUUGUCCCCUGCCUUUCCCUUGACUGAAUUUCCCACAAACACGUUUCAGAUGUUGGCCGCCGCGUGGCGGACACUGGACGCUCAAGCCAGGACCGAGUAAAAGAAGCUCGGGAAGAUCCUACUUAAUAGCAGCAACACAUUGGAUGACAAGGUCUUCCAGGAUAAUUAUUCAGGGUAUAAUCAUUACGGUACUUACUGUUCAUGCCACCACCAACUUUGUCUUUCCCUCUUCUCCACACGGCGCAUCCAUCCGCCCUUGGCUCCCCCAAAACUCCACUCGGAUUGUUGUUCGACAUUCUCGGAAGCUAUUGUUGGCCGCAGCCAGGGUUUUCCUCGAAGCAGGGCUGGGGUUGAGUCCGACUGAGCCAGAUCUGGUUCAUCCUUUGUCGUAGGCGCCUGGAAUCCUUUUUUUGAUUUCUUCUUCUCAUACAUCUUCCAUUCACUCUUUCGAUCGCGUCCUUGUCACACUCGUUGGCGACAAUCCGAUUCAACCAUUGGGUAUAAAGAAGUCAAACGGCCGUUGUCUUUGACCGACCUCUUUGUUUCGCCCGUUCCAGUCACUUACUUUGCUUGAAAUUACAUCACAUAAAAAGAAGUUGAUCGCGACUUCACCAAGUCGUUGAUCUUUACUCAGAAUCAGAAUCAAAAACUCCACCACUCAUCCACCAACUUUUAACAACGACAACAGUUUAAAAAAAGAACACCAACCUCCACCAUAGCAUCCCAAAAUAGUCAUGCUACCGACUUCACUUUACCUCCUCCUCUCGGCUGCCGUUGGCGGCGCUGUUGCAGGCCCUGUCUACACCCGCCAGGCAAACGCCACUGCCGCAAAGCAAAAGGUCAUCAUUGGCGGCGGCUCCAUCAACAAGAUCUCGAUUGCUCAGUUUGAUGGUGCCAAGUUCAACAUCCUCAAGUCGGCGGCUUUACCUGUCCAGGGUGCCCCGACCUGGCUUGCAUUCAAGGAGCCCAACUUUCUCUACAGCGUCAACGAGAACGGCGUUGAGCUGAGCUUGUUCACCGUUGAUACGAAAACCAACGACAUCAAGUUUGUCAAGAGCGUCAACGGCAGUGCCGGUGUCGUCCACCUCGAGUUCAACAAGGACAAGACCCGCAUGGUCGGUGCCUCGUUCGGCAAGGGCACCAUUGAUGUCUGGAAGCUGGCCGCAGACGGAACCCCCGAGCUACUGGGCAAGCCCAUCGCCACUAACUCGACCGGCGCGACUUUGGGCCCCAACAAGGCUCGCCAGGAGGCCCCUCAUGCUCACCAGUCCGUUCUCGACAAUUCGGGCCGUUUCUUCUUCGUCAACGACCUUGGUCUAGACACCAUCACUAUUGUCGACUCCAAGGACGACAAGUUCAAGAUUGCCGACUCCAUCAAGGUCUCUCCCGGCUGUGGUCCGCGUCAUGGUGCCUUUUACCCGGCCACCGGCGAUGCCACCCACUACCUGCUCGUUUGCGAGAUGCUGAACACGGUCAUUGUCAACAAGCUCAACUACACCGGCAACGCGGGUAACAAGGACAAGGAGGGUGUCCCUACCGUCCAGCCCAUCCAGCUCAUCUCUACCUUUGGUGAGAAGAACCCGCCCAACCCCAAGGCCGUCCCCGGCGCUGGUGAGAUUGCUGUUGCCGCCGAUGGCAAGUCGGUCUAUGUUUCCAACCGCCUCAGCUUCGACCCGGACCUGAAGCAGAAGGGCAGGGAUUCCAUCGCUCAGUUCAAGGCCACCCUUGCCGGUGAGGCCAAGAACCUGGUCCUCUCUUUUGAUAACAGCGUGGACUCUCAGGGAGCCGUUCCCCGUAUGUUCAGCCUUAGCGCCGAUAAGGACCAGGCAGUGCUCUUUGGCACGAACCAGAACGCCGGCAACGGUAUCGCCGCCUUCGAGCGGUCCAAGGACAGCGGCAAGCUCUCGUUGAUCAAGGGAUCCGAGAUUGACUACGCCGUCUUUGCCACCGAUGCGAACAAGGACAAGCCUGGUUUUGGACCCCAGUUCAUUGCUGGUAUCCCCAGCACUGUCGGCAAGUGAUUUGAACAUCGUGCUGACUGAUUGUCUGCUGUUUUGAAUUCAACUUCACUUCUCUCGUGUCUUCUUAGCCACCCCAUUAAUGCUGUUUUUUUCACUGCUUAUUUAUACUUAUUUCUUCUUCAUACCCCCAUUUAACUGCAUGUGUUUUUAAAUAGUUGUUGCAGGAACCUGUUUGACAUGUUUUGUUCAAGUCUUUUGAGUUAACAUCAUUGCGAGAAACGUAAAAAAAAAAUAAGCAAUGGGCGUUGGGGCUUAUGUCAUGUUAUUUGGUGCAGGUUUUGCACACGGUCAUUGGUGAUCUUCGUGGACGAAUGAUCACCUUGAAUAAAAUCUUCAUCUGACA